CGAAUCAAACUCAUCAAUUUCAAAAAAUUCAGUUGAGCUUUAUUCAUACAAGUGAUUUAUUUAAUUAAUGUAGCAAAGAAUUAAUUUCCUUUAGUCCUUAUUAAUAUAAGUAUUAUACAUUUUUUAAAUUUCUGAUAGAAUUAAUAAAAUUUACAAAAGUCCGAAUGGACGAAAGCUUUAAUCAUUGGCGCGAUUCGCCUUCUGUCAGUUACGAUGCUUCUGUUAUUAUUUCUGACAGCGAAGAUGAAAACGUUCGUGACAAUUCUGAUAAAAAGCAAAUCUUUGUGAUUGAAAGCAAUGAAAGUAGUCUGGAGAAUUCUGCUAAUGUUUCACCAGCAAAAUCUAACUUGCCAACAUCUAGAAAAUCAUUGCUGACAGAAGAGACAGUGAAACAUAGAAUUAAAAAGUAUAUUUUGUAUGAAUCUGAUAGUGAUGGUGCCGAUAUUAAUAAUAGAAAUGAUUCUUUAUCACCAGUCAAAAAAAUUGAUCUCACACUGGAUGAUACUUCAGAUGAUGAGGAGGAAUCAAAAAUGGAACAGGAUAAAAAGAGAAAGAAGGAUGGAAUUCAACAUGUUCCAGAAGAGAUUAUUGAUUUACGAGAUCCUGUUAUGGAUGAAGGAAGUGGUUCAGAAUGUGAAGCUGCAAUAUCUCUAGCAAAGAAAGAAAUUGGUGUCGGUAAUAUAGAUCCACUUGUUGCACAAAAAAGAGCUUUCCUUGUCUGUAAAAUGGACCACUUGAAAAAUCAGUUAAGUAAGGCACAGUUGUUGCUGGUUGCUACUAACGUUGAUUUACUACCCGACAAGGGAGAAAAAUUGCGUGAAAGUAUCGCAAUGCAGGAAAAGGAAAUAGAAGAACUUGCAGCUGAGCUGGAAAAUACACCCCUAACAAAAAACCCUCCAUCUGAAGAAGAAGUACAAUCAACCAGAGAAACGUUUAACAUGGGGCAAGAAUCGUAUUUCAACAAACUUGAUUCCUAUCGCGAUAUCAUUGACUUAGAUAUGGAACCAAAAUUACCUACAAAAGAGCUUGGAAAAAAGGCGCAAGCAACGUUAGAAAAAGAAACAGCUUUGACAGCCGACAGACUAGAAGAUUUACAUGGAUCCCUCGUAGGCAGACCAUCCGAAGAUGAAAGAGCCGACGACCCACAAGGUUUAAAAGUAAAAUUAAUGCCGCAUCAGCAACAUGCGUUAGCGUGGUUAAUGUGGAGAGAGCAGCAAAAACCGCCCGGAGGUGUCCUCGCCGACGAUAUGGGUUUGGGUAAAACACUGACAAUAAUAUCCCUCAUCAUGGCCGGCGUCGCCAAAAAGAAAUUAAGCGGAGACGACUUCGAGGACAACUGGACAGAUAGUAGCAAAUCAUUAAAAUACAAAGGAGGUACACUCGUGGUUUGUCCAGCGUCUUUGUUGUCGCAAUGGGAAAAUGAAAUACAGAACAGGUGUAAACGGGGUAUGCUCUCCGUCGUGGUUCACCAUGGUACUGCUCGGGAAAGCAUUCCCAAAAGAUUGGCAAAACACGACGUGGUCAUUACAACCUACAACAUAUUAGCCCGUGAAUAUAAGAAGAAGGGCACGGCGUACAAAAUUCAUUGGGAAAGAGUAGUGCUAGAUGAAGCGCACGUGGUUCGAAAUCACAAAAGUCAAGGAUCCAUGUCGGUUUGCGAGUUGAUUGCGGAUAAACGGUGGGCUCUUACGGGCACACCGAUUCAGAACAAGGAGAUGGAUUUGUACGCUAUUUUGAAGUUUCUUAAAUGUUCUCCUUUUGAUGAUCUACGAGUAUGGAAACGUUGGGUUGAUAAUAAAAAUGCGGCUGGUCGACAAAGGUUAGCUACUGUGAUGAAGGCACUCAUGUUGCGUAGAACGAAACAGGAGCUUCAAGCCAGCGGAGCGCUAGACUGUUUACCGGAAAAGUUUAUAGAAGAAAUAUAUGUACAGCUCGAACCACAAGAACAGUUGGUGUACGAAAAGGUCCUUGUCUAUUCUAGAACAUUGUUCGCUCAAUUUUUGGCCCAGAGGGCGGAGAAAGAUCAUAUGAUUGACUUAGCAGGUGGAAGAUACGAUAAGCCAACUUUUCUUUCAAACCCAAAUAAGAAUACACAGUUCACCAAAGCCCAGAAUAAAUUAUUAUCUCUACACGCUGACGUUAAAACCCACGAGAUUUUGGUGCUCUUACUGAGAUUACGUCAAAUCUGUGUUCACCCUUCUCUCAUUCAUUCAAUGCUGGAUCAAGAAGAUAUGAAAGAGAACGGAAUAGCGGAUGCAGAAAAUUUGGACCCAAAUGUUCUGAUACAGUUGAACAACAUAACACUGUGCGAUGACGAUAACGAUAAUGAUGGAAGCAUGAGUGAAAAGGACAUAGGUGUUGAUCACAGGGUAACCACCAACUUACUCACAUCUCAAAAUCCUGUUUUCAAGCCUGAACGUGUGAGCUCUAAGAUGAAAGCAGUGCUUGAUACUGUAAAAGAGAUCUUACAGAAAAAUAACAAAAUGAUCAUAGUUUCUCAGUGGACAAGUGUACUGAACAUCGUAGCAUCUUGUUUAACCUCAGUAAAAGGUGCAUCGUUCAGUAUGUUUACUGGCAAUGUGCCUAUCAAGGAAAGACAGGGUAUAAUGGAUUCAUUCAACGCUCCACACAGUGAUCCACAGAUAUUGUUGCUGUCGCUCACUACAGGAGGUGUUGGAUUAAACUUGGUGGGAGGAAAUCACUUACUGUUAAUAGAUAUUCACUGGAACCCACAACUGGAAGUGCAAGCUCAGGAUAGGAUAUAUCGGUUUGGACAGAAAAAGGAUGUUUUUAUAUAUAAGUUUAUUUGCAAGGACACGAUAGAAGAGCGUAUAAAACAUUUGCAAGAGAGGAAACUAGACAUAGCUCAGAACGUACUAACCGGUGACAAGAACUCCGGCGUCUCGAAGCUUACCCUCAACGAUCUCAAAUCUCUGUUUGCUUUAUAGUUAGUAUUUUUCUACCUUAAGUUAUAAAAGUAAACUUACGUUUUGAACUCUUUGUAUUAUUUUCUUAAAAAAUUCAAUCGAACCUG